AGGGCAGCUGUCAGUGUACUUACGUCAUCAAUAUCCAUUCCCUGUUUCCGUACAGAAACGCAAACGCAAAAACUCACCACUAAGACAAUUUUCAGCCGAAAAAUGGAUCAAAAAAACCCAACAAUGGAUCCCAAAAACGGCUUCAAUUCAAAGACUAAAACCUUCCACAGCUUGAGACCGCCCAUCAAUCUCCCUCCACAACACCUUCCUUGGACGGUAACUGCCCACGCUCUCUCUCUCCAAGCCACCUCUCCUUGGCCUCGUGACUCGGUUGCUCUUAUUGACUCUGCCACCGGCCAAAAAAUCACCUAUUCCGACUUAAUUCGCCGGAUAAACUCACUAGGUUUUUAUCUCAGAACUGUUAUCAAACUCUCCAAAGGAGACACCGCUUUCGUUCUUUCAACAAACUCGGUUGAGGUUCCCAUUCUUUACUUAGCUCUGCUUUCCAUCGGGGUCGUUGUUACACCAGCCAACCCACUCUGUACCGAGUCGGAAAUCUCCCGCCAAGUCGAGUUAUCAAACCCAGUGAUCGCUUUUGCAUUAAGCUCAAAUGCCCACAAGCUCCCCAAGCUUCGUUUCGGAACAAUUCUCAUCGACUCACCCGAGUUUAACUCAGCCAUGCAAACCAAGCCGGGGUUUAAUCAGGAAACGUAUCGAGUUGAAGUUUGUCAAUCCGAUUUAGCAGCCAUCAUGUACUCGUCCGGAACAACCGGAAGAGUCAAAGCAGUAAUGUUGACUCACCGGAAUUUAACCUCAGUGGUCACCGGCUAUUACUCCGUCAAAGGAGAAACUAAAACAGCGUCGGUCGUGCUUUACACCGUGCCGCUAUUUCAUAUGAUUGGGUUUUUCUAUGUUUUAAAAUCUGUUGCGUUAAGUGAAACGGUGGUGGUAAUGGGUCGUUUCGAUGUUAAGAAGAUGUUGAAGGCGGUGGAGGAUUUUCGGGUACAGCGGUUGACGACGGCGCCGCCGCUGGUGGUGGCAUUGCUUAAGGGUGGGCUGACCAAGGAUUUUGAUUUGAGUUCGUUGGAAUGGGUCGGCUGCGGGGGAGCUCCGCUCGGAAAAGAUGUGAUCGCGGCGUUUACAGAGAAGUUUCCGAACGUCCUGCUUACUCAGGGUUAUGGAAUGACCGAAACAGCAGGGGCAGCUUUUGGAUUUGUGGGUCGAGAAGCAUGUCAGCGCUGGGGCUCAGUGGGGAAGCUCGCAGCUUAUUGUGAAGCAAAGAUUGUAGACCCUGACACCGGUGAAGCCUUGCCUCCAUGCAAACAAGGAGAACUUUGGCUCAAAGGAUCCUCCAUAAUGAAAGGAUACGCUGCAGACCCAGAGGCAACUGCAGCUACUUUGGUUGCAGAUGGGUGGUUAAGAACCGGGGAUCUGUGUUAUAUUGAUGAAGAGGGUUUUAUGUUUGUGGUGGAUAGGCUUAAGGAACUGAUCAAAUACAAGGGUUAUCAGGUCGCUCCCGUAGAGCUGGAACAAUUGCUUCAGUCCCACCCUCAGAUAUCUGAUACUGCAGUGAUACCAUACCCUGAUGAAGAAGCUGGCCAGAUUCCAAUGGCAUUUGUGGUAAGGCAACAACAGAGCAGCCUGACUGAAGCAGAAAUCAUGGAUUUUGUUGCAAAACAGGUUGCACCAUACAAGAAAAUAAGGCGGGUGGCAUUCAUUAAUUCCAUACCGAAGAAUCCAGCAGGCAAAAUAUUGAGAAAGGAGCUGAGGAAGAUUGCCACCCCAGCAGGAACUUCAUCUAAGUUAUGAUCAUCUCUCUUUAAUCACAACAUAAGUGGUUGUAGAUUUACACACGUAAAAUUCUUAAAUAAAAGUAGAAAUCCAUAAUUUCUCUGCAUUUUUAUUGAAAUUGAACUGAUCUUGUAUCUGGAUUAAUAAUUCACAUGGAGCAUUAAUUUGUUGUACAAAU